UCAUAACACUCGCCCACUGAACAGAUUCAAAAGUUUCGAUUCACUGGGUUGAAUCAAAUCCCUACCGCUACAACAAACACCUGUCAACUAUCAGAGCAACUGAUGCGUUUACGUCACGUUACUUUUUUUUUUUUUUUUUUUUAAUUUGUUGGUCGGAGGACCAACCUAAAGAACAAAUACUUUAAAAUGGUACGUACACUUGGCCAAGACCGUAAAAUCAAAAUCAAACCGCUGAAAGGAGUCGCCGUCGGACUCAAUCUGCGAACAAUACUGAAUGUCCAGCCUCACUCAACGGUCAACAUUAAGAGCAAAGCUCAACCUUACACGCGAUGUUUUGAACCAUUCAAACGCUUCAACUACGCGCUGCAGUCCAGGUGGAGGAGUGACACAAGGUUGGACAUCACCAAAAUGGGCAAGGGAAUGAACUGUAUUGAUUUGCUAAAGAAAAUGAAUGUGAAUUCCAACAGUCAUUCUGUAGAUGCAUUGUCCAGUAAUGCAGACGAGGAGACCAGAGAAACACUGGCAGACAGCUUGAUGGACACAGAAUAUGAAGAACUUUUUUCAUCUGUUGACACAGAUGCUUUUGUGGAUCUCAAGAAAAGCACUUUUAAGGAACUUAUUGAUGACUCGUCUUCAAAAAAACAACUCCAGCGAAAAUAUCGAAUGAGAGAUGAGUUUGAAAACCUCAUCUGUCGUGUCAGAGUGAAAAAUCCAAUUGACAAGAAGGCCAUGUCACCAAAAUGCCCAAAGAGACCCGUUGCAGAGAGAAUGAACAGUCUUACGGUCAACAUCAGAUGUUUUAAAGUUGGAACGUUGACCAAGACAUUCAGAAGAUCUGAUGCUCUGACCGCCCAAUGCACUAUUUCAGUGGAUUACAUUGAGAUUGCAAAUGAAGGACGAAUAGAAGCAUCAAAUGUGAUCGCUUGUGAAUGGUGCACCGUGAAGAAGCUGUCGGCCCUGUUUCUACAGACAACACCUGAGAUAUGCCUUCACCUGCAGGUCCAGCUUGACAUGUUUGAAGAUGAUUCAAGUGUGUGGUGUGACUGCCAGAGCAGGAAUGAAAAGGAGAAAUAUGUUGUCCUUAUCUUUGAGAAUGAGCUCACACUCCCAGAGCAAAUCACACUUGAGGAAAUAUUCACAGAAAUGGGCAAGCGUAAUAACAUCAACUGUUUUCCAGUUGAGUUGUCAUUUGAAGAAGCCAGUAACAGACUGAAGACGCACAGCUGUGCCCAAAAACAGGAGAUCGCUAUACUUCAGCCUGAAGAUGUCAUGAGUCAGAUCGCCAUGCUCAGGUUUGAAGAGGAUGAACUUCCUGUCACGCGUCAGCAGGCCUUGAAGCCAUUUUCGUCCUCUUCUGAUGCUCCUCGAUGUGAAAUUGCAACCCUCAGUGUCUCGGACAGUGAUGAGGACGAUUUGAUCGUGCUCCCUUCAUCGCCCAAACAGGAAAUCAAAAAACUGGUUGUGUACCCACCUCCUCCAGCUAAACGGGGUCUAACCAUCACAGAAGAGGACCUCGACUGUCUUGAGGAAGGCGAAUUCCUAAACGAUGUGAUCUUAGACUUCUAUCUAAGGUAUUUGGUCUGCGAGCAGCAGGACAAGGAGGAUGCCACCAAGUACCAUGUGUUCAGUUCUUUUUUCUUCAAGCACCUCACUCAGGAGGAUCGUAAGGGGCUUCCAGAAUCUACAGGUUUAUCCAUUCAGGAGCGCCGACACAAUCGGGUGAAAACGUGGACCAGGAAUGUCAACCUUUUUGAGAAGGACUUUAUAUUUGUCCCAAUUAAUCAAAUGGCUCACUGGUACCUGGCUGUCAUCUGUUUUCCUGGCAAGAUUUCACAGACCAGUGAUUUGGAUCCUCACCUCAGUGGGCGAAAGCAUUCAGUGGAGUAUCUUUUCGAUCAAUCUCCACCCAAUCCCAUGUCCCUCUUCUACUCUCCAGAAUCCUCAAAGCCGCUCUCCAGAUGGAGUCAAUCCAUAGAUGACUUCGACCAGAGUUUCUGCUUCCUUUCAGAUGAUGAGGCUGAGGAUGAUGUUCAGGUUGUCAAGAACAGAUCUGCUCUUAACAAUGUCUCCAAACAGCCAUGCAUACUCAUCAUGGACUCCCUCACCUGCAGUGAAAGAUCAUCGGUGGUGCAGAUACUCCAGGAAUACUUACAAGAGGAAUGGAAGGUCAAAAUGGGCUCUCAGCAGAGUUUUGGAAACGAAGUGAUGAAAGGAUGGAAUCCCCUCGUCCCACAGCAGGAUAACUAUACAGACUGUGGCAUCUACGUCCUGCAGUAUGUGGAGAGCUUCCUCAAGGACCCACCACAAACUUUCCAUAACAACAUGGACUUGAACGGCUGGUUUUCACAGAGGACAGUGAAGAGGAAGAGGAGGCAAAUCAAGCGGCUCAUUCUCAGACUACACAAACAGCAAAGAGUUUAAUUUUUUGUUUUAGGUCAAUCUUCCUACAUUUCAUGUUACUGCUAUCUCAACCUAUAGGAAAUUUCCAAAAAGGAAAUUUGCACAAAAAUAAAUAAAUAAAUUUGCUUCUUUAAAUUAAUAUGUAAUUUGCUUUGGAAAUGGAUUAUUUGUUGCUGAAAUUCAAUAAAAUAUCUGUAAAUAGAAUCAAAAUAAAAUGACCUGUUGCUGAAUCUA